AUGGACGCGUCGUCAAAGUCGUGGCUGCCACAUCAGGGUCAGUUUGGGUUGGGUGGUCAAGUGGAAGUGUGCUGUGCCGGACCCGGCGUUUUAACCCCAAACCAAUCACGCAGGGCGAGUUUUGCCUCUGUGCGACAGUCAAGCAUGGAAACGCCUCCCAACGCCACCCCGCAGUCCUUCAGGCAGCCGAGUUUCCUUAAUCGAAGGCUGAAGGGCUCCAUCAAGAGGGCCAAAAGUCAGCCCAAACUGGACCGGACCAGUAGCUUCCGACAAAUGAUUCUGCCUCGGUUUCGUAGCGCCGAUCAAGAGAGGACACGCCUGAUGCAGAAUUUCAAAGAAUCCCACUCCCACGAGUCGCUGCUUUCUCCCAGCAGCGCUGCCGAGGCUUUGGACUUGGUGCUGGAUGAAGACGCCGUCAUAAAACCGGUCCACUCCAGCAUUUUAGGACAAGAGUAUUGCUUUGAGGUGACCACAAAUUCAGGGACAAAAUGUUUUGCCUGCCGUUCCGCUUCAGAGAGAGACAAGUGGAUUGAAAACCUGCAAAGAGCUAUCAAACCCAACAAGGCUCAUUUAACAGUUUCCUUUCUUGUCCAGGACAACAGCAGGCGUGUGGACAAUGUGCUUAAGUUAUGGAUCAUUGAAGCUCGGGACCUGCCGACGAAGAAGCGCUACUACUGUGAGCUGUGUCUGGAUGACAUGCUGUACGCCCGCACCACCAGCAAACCUCGCACAGACACAGUCUUCUGGGGCGAGCAUUUCGAGUUCAACAACCUGCCCACCAUUCGUAGCCUUCGCUUGCACCUCUACAAGGAGACGGACAAGAAGAGACGCAAGGAGAAAAGCACAUACCUCGGCCUUGUCAGCAUCCCCAUCUCCAGCAUCACGGGCCGUCAGUUUGUGGAGCAGUGGUACCCCGUUAUCCAGUCCAGCGUUUUGGCCAAGAGCGGCGGCGUCGGGAGCGGCAAAGUCAUCAACGCCUCACUUCGCGUCAAAUCCCGCUACCAGACCAUGAACAUCCUCCCCAUGGAGCUGUACAAGGAGUUCGCCGAGUACAUCACCAACAACUACCGAACACUGUGCGCAGUUCUGGAGCCGCUGUUGAGCGUAAAGAGCAAAGAGGAAGUGGCGUUCUCCCUGGUGCACAUCCUCCAAAGCACUGGAAAAACUAAGGAGUUCCUGUCUGACAUGGCGAUGUGCGAGGUGGAUCGAUUUAUGGAGCGCGAGCACAUGAUAUUCCGGGAGAACACACUUGCAACGAAGGCUGUGGAGGAGUACCUCAAGCUGAUUGGUCACCGAUACCUCAAGGAGGGGAUCGGUGACUUUAUCCGAGCCUUGUAUGAAUCUGAGGAGAACUGCGAAGUGGACCCCAUGCGAGUCCCGCCCUCGGUGCUGGCUGACCACCAAGCCAACCUUCGCAUGUGCUGCGAGCUCUUACUCUGCAAGAUCAUCAACUCCCUCUGCAUAUUCCCCCGCGAGCUUAAGGAGGUCUUUGCCUCAUGGCGGGCCCGGUGCGCCGAGCGCGGCAGGGAGGACCUGGCUGACAGCCUCAUCAGCUCCUCGCUGUUCCUCCGCUUCAUGUGCCCGGCCAUCAUGUCGCCCUCGCUCUUCAACCUAACGCAGGAGUACCCGGCAGAGCGCACCUCGCGGACCCUCACACUCAUCGCCAAAGUCAUGCAGAACCUGGCCAGCUUCAGCAAGUUUGGGCCGAAGGAGGAAUACAUGUACUUCAUGAACGAGUUCCUGGAGAUGGAGUGGGGCUCCAUGCAGCAGUUCCUCUAUGAAAUCUCCAACAUGGACGCCGGAGGGAACGCCGGAGGCUUCGAGGGCUACAUCGACCUCGGCAGGGAGCUGUCAAUGCUACACAGCCUGCUGUGGGAGGUCAUGGGCCAACUCAGCAAGGACGCCAUUCUCAAACUGGGUCCAUUGCCUCGGCUGUUGAAUGACAUCAGCGUGGCCCUGCGGAACCCUCAGCUGCACGCCACCACCAACCACCAGCCCGAACGGCCCAAGGACAGACUCUUUUCUCGGCCCACGUUCAAUCGUCUCAUGUCCUCCGACUUCCAGAGCCUGAUGAUGCGUGACUUAAACAGUUCCAUAGACAUCUCUCGCCUGCCUUCGCCCCCCACCGGCGUGUCGGCCGUCGAGUCCCUCUCGUCCAACCUAAACAUGAGGCGUCAGGCCGAACGAGACCUGCGCUCGUCGCGGGAGGUGUUCUACGUCACCCGGCCGCCGCUAGCCCGCUCCAGCCCGGCGUACUGCACCAGCAGCUCUGACAUCACAGAACCCGACCCCAAGGUUCACAGCGUGAAUAAAAGCGUGUCCAUGAUGGACCUCCAAGAUUCACGCAUGAACAGCAUCUCGAACCUGAACUCUGUGGGGGACAUGCUCACUUCCUCUCAGGCUUCCAUCGCCGGCCUGGGCCACAGUUUCGGAAACCUCGGUGGCCCCCUCCGCAUGGGCGGCCACUUGCCCAGCGGCUUGGCGGGCUCCGGCCUGAGGCUGAGCCAAAUGGGCCACAUCGGCGGCCCCACCGAGUCCAUCUCCCAGCAGCAGCAGCAGGCAGCAGCGGCCAUGCACUACCCGCUGUCCUUCCAGAACCCUCUCUUCCACCUUGCGGCGCAGAACUCCCCGGCCCAGCCUCCGCCGCCGCCCCUCCUGCUGGCCCCGGAGCCAGAGAACGGUCACCACGCCUACGCGCCGGCGUUCGGCAAUAACGCGUUCUCCCGCAGCGAGGACCUGUCGGCGCUCCGGUCACAGAACAGCCUGGUGCAGCCCAGCAUCGUCCACUCGCACAGCUACAGUGACGACUUUACCCGGCAAAACCAGAACAAUGACUUUGUCUGGCACCAGCUCUCACUGCAGGUGCAGGAGUCCCUCCAGCAACAGCACAUGAUGGGCGUCGCUUCUCAGACGGCCACCGGAACCGGCACGCCCGCCUCCUUGGCCACGCCCCCUACGACCGUCCACCCCGUGCGCCAGUCCUCCAUCGCCCCCCAGCUCCUCAAGUCCCAGCGCUCCGUCAACACCCCGGCCACGGCCACUCCGCCCAAGGCCCGACCCCAGAGCAGGAACCUCCUCCUGGAGUCUACCGACGCAAACUUCGUUCAGGCCAAACAGCGGCAAACUCAGCCACCCCCACAACAACAACCGCAGCCAACACAAACGCAGCAGCAGGAAGCUGUGACGGACAGCCCGGCUCCCGGGCUGCCAUUCCAGACAGGCUCCGCCAAAGAGAACCAGAACCCAUCCUCCGUCGCCGCCACCGCCGAGGACUCGACGGACACGCCAACCAAAAGCGGCAAAAAAACGCAACAGCUGCAGCCUCCGCAGCAACAUCUCCUCAAGCCGCUCGGCAACAAGCAGGGUUCCCAGUCCAACUUGAACGAGCGCACCGUGGCCUGGGUGUCCAACAUGCCGCAUCUCUCCGCUGACAUCGAGAGCCUGCGGCCUGACCGCGAGGGCCAGUUGAAGGAGUACUCCAAGAGCAUGGACGAAUCCCGCCUGGAGAGGGUGAGGGAGUACGAGGAGGAGAUCUACUCACUAAAGGAGCGCCUGAAGAUGUCCCAUCGCAAGCUGGAGGAGUAUGAGCAGAGGCUGGUGUCACAGGAGCAGCAGACCAGCAAGAUACUGCAGCAAUACCAGUGCCGCCUGGAGGACAGCGAGCGGCGUCUCAAGCAGCAGCAAGUCGAGAAGGACUCACAAAUCAAAGGCAUCAUCAACAGACUCAUGGCUGUGGAAGAUGAGCUGAGAGGGGGCGCCAUUCCUGAUAUUAAGCCUCGAAUCCUCACAGACCAGUCUAUCAGCCAGUGCUAUGGGGGCCUCCCAGGAUCCUGA